AUUUGAUUGGUUUAAAAUUAUUCAGAGCGACCAAUCGAUGUUUAAUUAAUAAAAUCUGUUAGGAAAAGUGUUCAAAAUGUCAGCCAUCACAUUGAAUAAAACAAUUAUGAAAGAAAGACUUUUUAAAUUUGCCGUCUUUUCUAGACUGUCAUUAUUAGUCAUGCAGGUUUUCUUUAACAAGUUGCUACCUGACCACAAUGCAGAUGUAUUCAAGCCGUUUCAUGAAGAAAGUGAAAUGUCAACACUGGAUAAUCUUGUUGCUUUCAUAUUGGGUGGUUUGAAGAGAUGGGAUGGGGUGUAUUUCCUCCACAUAACUGAAUAUGGAUAUACCUAUGAAAACACUCUUGCUUUUUAUCCACUUUAUCCAUUAAUUGUUCGUUUGAUUGCAAACACUGUGCUUUUUCCACUUCAGUUUAUAGCUCAUUAUCAAAGUGUUCUAUGUCUUGCUUCUGCAAGUGUUAACUUUGUGGUAUUUGUGAAAUCAGCAUGUGUUUUAUUUGAACUUGGUCAGGAAGUUUUGAAAAAUGACAGGGUAGCCUACAAAGGUGCCCUUCUAUUUAGUAUUACACCAUCAUCAAUAUUUAUGUCGGCACCUUAUUCAGAGUGCCUCUAUUUUUACCUCACACUGCGAGGCCUUCUCAGUCUUGAGCGUGGUAACCUUUUGCACGCAUCAUUAAUGUUUGGAAUGAGUUUUGUGAGUAGGUCUAAUGGAUCGUUGAAUAUUUGUUUUUUAUUAUAUGUUUUGUCUAAGAGAACAUUAAGGGAAUUGAAGAGAUUAUGGAUUGAUGCAAGAAUAAAUUUUUUAGUGAGAUUGACCACACCUUGGCUUUUUAUAACAAGUACAUUUAUUCCAUAUGUCCUUCUUUUUGCAAUAAGUACAAUGCCCUUCGUUUUGUAUCAUUGGUAUGUUUAUAAGUUGUAUUGCACAAAGGACAUUACACUAGAAAUGCCAGGCCAUUUAAAGCAAUAUGGUGAAGAUAACAACUUGAAGAGUCCUGAUCAUGAGCCUUCUUCAUGGUGCAACAACUGGAUACCUUACUCUUAUGGAUACAUUCAAAGCCAUAUCUGGGGCCAGGGUUUCCUGAAGUACUGGCAGCUUAAACAGGUUCCAAAUUUCUUGCUGGCUGUACCAGUCACAAUGGUAACCCUGUCACUGGCGUGUACAUUCUUCAAACAUAACAGGUACACUUGUCUCACUCUAGGAUAUGACGAGGUUGGAUCGGCAAAGAAGAGUGAAGAUGUGGACUCAUUAUUCCGACUGGAGGGUUCAGCGCUGGUCCCUUACGUCCUGCAUGCCUUGUCUCUUACGGUAUUUGCAUGGUUCUGCAUUCAUAUUCAGGUGCUUACCCGACUGCUGUUCUCAUCUUGCCCAGUCCUGUACUGGCACUGCGCUCAUCUCAUCACUCCCCACACAACACGACAAAAACAGUACAACGAAUAUGACGUCAGUGCAAAAAGACUGGAAUCUGUUGAAGUGACAUGCCCCCAUGCAAAACCUUGGACUAAUCUCUUGACCAAUCAAAUAUGGAAUAUCCAACAAGAGCCAAUUGUCACUAAGCUUAUUUUAGUUUACUUUAUCGGGUAUUUUGUCAUUGGGGUCCUUCUUUUUUCAAACUUUCUUCCAUGGACCUGACAAAUAGAUGAGGAAAUGAGUAAGAAAUUAAAUAAAAGUUAAAGACUACGGUUCAGUAUGAAAUUGUUUAAACAAUACAUUCCAGGACAAUACAGUCACGCAUGAGCGUAUAAUGUAAGGCCCUGGAGUAUUAAUUAACUUGUAUAUAUCUGUUAUUUCAAAUAAAAAAAAAUGCUAUUGUUUAUAUUAUCAUUUACUCAACCAUUACACUAUCCCAUACACAAGAUUAUGGUUGAAGUGUUUAAUUGUUAUAUUAACUGAUAGAGUAAUCAUUUAAAUAUGUUUUGUCUUAUGAUUAUAAACAGAACUUGAAUUCCAAAACUUACUGUCAAUGUCCGAACUUCAAGGAGGCAAGUCCAACCGUCAUCUUGCAAUGAUUCUAUUGGUUAUAUUCAUUUCUAAGUGACUUAACAUUGUAUGAUUAUAAUAAUACGACUAUAAGUUACUUUAAGACACUAUUUUAUAGUCAUUAAAUGUUCAUAUAUGUUGUUAUAUGUGUAAAAUUCGCCAUUCCUAAAAAGUACUUUUCAGCUGUUGAAGUAUUUCGGAUAUAUUGUACCGUAAUAUUUCUUUUCUGUCAUAACUGCAUUUUUGUUUAGGUCAGAGAGCGGUAUAUUUGUUUAUUGUUAGAUGUAGAAUCUUUUGCUCAUCUAUAUUUGCUCCUAAAAUGUUCUUUUGUUAGUUAAAAUAUAUAUUAUUGUUGAAUGUUUUGCCGCUAGAGAACUUUGUUUAGGAUUUAGGAUUCCUAAAUGCAUUUGAUUGGUUGUAGCAAUCCUAAGUCGUUUUGAUUGGCUUAGCCAAAUUCCUAAGACAUUAGUGCGCAGAAUCACGCAGAAUCCUAAAUCCCAAGUUGCUGAGCGGCAGGUAUAAAUAGUGCGGGUAAACAACAUUUGGUAUCUUUCAUGAUCACAAAAAUUUCCGUUCAUUACGGCAUAAAAGUCAGAUCUUUAUUUAUUAUUUAGAUCUUAUUGUCAGAUCUUCUCCAUUCUGAGAAUGGUAAGCUAUUUUACAAGUUAAAACUAACUUUACAUCUUUGGUUACAGUAUUUAGUACAUUAAAACUGAUUCAUCCUAUGUCUUCCUAUGAACUCCAGAGAGCUCAAGAAUUUAUCUGCGCUAUACGAAAAUACUUGUUAUAAGAUCUGUGUUUAAAGUCUACAUUGAAGUGCCUUUUGAAACAUGCCGACUUUAUAAUGCGAUAAUAUUAGUAACUUUUAGUAUCUGCAAAUAAAAGAUGUUGAAAACAUGAA